AUGUACAGUCGGUCACUGAAAAUGGAGCCCACAACCCACUCCAGUCACGUUGACCUUUCCGAGCAAGAGGUGGAGAAGACGCUGGCCGGCGAUGUUAUCCCUAAGCAGGAAAAGGUAGCCCUAACCAAAAUGGCUGGGCCUAACGAGCACCCAGCAGGCGAGCCUACCACGUACAACAGCAUCAUUGCCACCGCAAUUCCGAAAAUUACGGUCCAAUUUCACAGUCUCGAUGAUGUUGGCUGGUAUGGAAGUGCGUAUCUUCUCACCACAGCUUCGCUCCAACCGCUUUUCGGAAAGUCCUACACUUUUUUAAAUGUCAAAUGGACCUACCUCAUCGCCAUUGGUGUGUUCGAACUGGGCAGUCUUAUCUGCGGCAUGGCCAACAGCAGUAUGACGCUUAUCAUGGGCCGUGCUGUUGCUGGCAUUGGGUCCGCGGGCAUUUUCUCGGGCUCGCUCACCAUGGUCACCCACUCGGUGGCCCUAGAGAGGUGCCCAUUAUACAACGGCUAUAUCAGUUUUCACCGACAAAGUAAUGUGGUGACGUGGCGCUGGUGCUUUUACAUCAAUCUUCCUAUCGGAGUUGUCACUGCUUUGGUGAUUUCAAUCUUUUCCCCUACCCCAAACCACCACAACAAAGAAACGACAUGGAUUGGAGCGCAUUAA